AUGAACGAAAGUAAUAAAAAAGUUGAUGGAAGUUCAAACGUCGAAGAAUUAACACUAUCAGCAGCUUGGCACAGCUUCCAGACGCACACAACCUCGCAUGGAAUUCCACACAUCGUCAGGGCAAGAAGUGAUAAAUACUUGAGGUACAGCGUUGACACAACAAUCAAAAUCCACCUCUCAAAGUUGAUGAACUUCCCGGCAGUGACCAUCUGCAAUAACAACCCCAUCAGAAAAAGUUUCGCCUCACAAUUUAUCAACUUGACCGAAUUUAUGUUGGAGUACAGCAAGAGUUGUGACAGCAAGAGUAACGGAAUGGGUGGAGUUGAGUGCGAGUUAGAAAAAAUAGAAAAGUUCAUCGAGAUCUUCCACGACAAGCGGUUGGAGUCUGGUCACCAAUUGAAACAUUUGCUCACCGAGUGCUUCUUCUCUGGAGUUCCAUGUGAUUAUGAAAAGUAG